GCGUUUAAAAAAUUAUUAUUAAUUUGAAUUUUUUUAAAUGCGCGGUCUUUCCGGUUUGAAAUAAAUUGACGUUAGAAACUAAAUAGUAUUUUUUUUUAACUCUGUUUGACUCUCUCUGAGUUGUUCGUCGCUUUCGUCUUUUUCCAGAAAACGAUAAGGAGUCUCUCUCUCACUGUCUUACAUUCUCUCUGUAAGAAACCCUAGACAGCGAAGGCAGUAGUACGUUCGAAUCUUCCAGCAGAAGAAAGCGAAAGAUCAUGAAAAUCAAGAAUCCAUUGCAGCAGCUGAAGCUCUCUGUCCCGGCUCAGGAGACUCCGAUUUCGUCUUUCCUCACAGCAAGCGGUACGUUUCACGACGGUGAUUUGCGGUUGAAUCAGAAUGGUUUGCGGCUCAUCUCGGAAGAGAAGGAAUCUCAGUCAUCUGAGAGCAAGGAGCUCGACUUUGAGUUCUCAAAAGAAGAUCUUGAAGCGAUCAAAGUGAUCGGCAAGGGAAGUGGAGGUAUUGUGCAACUCGUUCGCCAUAAAUGGGCUGGGACUUUGUUUGCCUUGAAGGUCAUCCAAAUGAACAUACAAGAGGAAAUCCGUAAACAGAUUGUACAGGAGCUGAAAAUAAACCAAGCCUCGCAGUGUCCUCAUGUUGUCGUUUGCUACCACUCAUUCUAUCACAAUGGGGCUUUCUCACUUGUGUUAGAAUACAUGGACCGCGGGUCUCUUGUAGAUGUGAUCAGACAAGUUAAAACAAUUCUUGAACCUUAUCUUGCAGUUGUCUGUAAACAGGUCUUACAGGGUCUUGUAUAUCUCCACAACGAAAGACAUGUUAUACAUAGAGACAUUAAGCCGUCGAACCUGCUGGUAAACCACAAGGGGGAAGUGAAGAUCACUGAUUUCGGCGUGAGUGCUGUGCUGGCCAACUCUAUGGGUCAGCGGGAUACAUUUGUUGGAACUUACAACUACAUGUCGCCCGAGCGAAUUAGUGGGAGCUCCUACGAUUACAGCAGCGACAUUUGGAGCUUGGGCUUGGUAGUACUUGAGUGUGCUAUAGGACGCUUCCCCUACAUGAGAUCAGAGGAUGAAGAGGAGCGACCAAGUUUCUACGAGCUCUUGGAAGCCAUUGUAGAUAGCCCUCCACCCACUGCUCCACCAGACCAAUUCUCUCCUGAAUUCUGUUCCUUUGUAUCAGCUUGCAUACAAAAGAACCCUCGAGAUAGAUCAUCGUCAUUGGACCUCUUGAGCCACCCUUUCAUCGAGAAGUUCCAAGACAAAGACAUCGACCUUGGAAUUUUGGUAAGUAGCUUGGAACCCCCAGUGAACUACCCAAGAUAAGUUUUCUCUUGUAUUCCAAUCCUUCCGCUGUGUGAGGCCAAACUACCUCCUUGUCUUGUAAUGCUUAAGUCAGAUUUUAUAGCGUUGAAGCCGAUGAUGAUGCAUCACGCAAAUUCUUUCUUUAAAGUACCCAAGCCAAUAUCUUUUGCAUACAUCACCACCCUUGUUGAUGCAACAAUGAUACAAAAGAUGCAGUUUGGUUUGUUGUCUUCCUUCAAGCCAUACAUGGUGUUCUCUUUUUUGGUAUCUUCAUCGUUGUCUUCUAUGCGAAUGUGGCCGUCUUGAUUGUGCUAGAGGGACCAUAUAACUGUGGUUGUUGUUUAAGGAAGACAUCGUAUGUAUGUGGUCUGUCUGAUGUGGGAAUGGGGGGAGAAAGGUCAAGUUCUCGAGUCUGCUUUUGCUCAGUUUUGCAUAAGUUUCCACGCAGUGGAUGUGUUAGCCUGUACUGUACUGUAACGUGAUUAAGGUGUGAAGCUAGAUCAGCUCUGUUGGCCGUAUGGAAACAAAGGCCAGAGUUUUUUUGCUCUAGAGGGUAGAGACAAUGAUCCCAGUUGCCUUAUUCCUUAUCUCUUUGUGAACCUUAACCAGGAAUAUCUUCUCGUUGGAGUGCAUUUGUUGAGAUGUGUCAAUACUUGUGUUCAGUGAUACUGGCUGAUUUGACCCCAUAAUUAUCCCAAUGAUAAGCAUUUAGUUUAUACAUAAAAAAAAAAAAAACAGGUUUUGUUUUCGUCAUUCAUGGUAGACCUAAAUUGUUCACUUUGAAAUGCAUCUAAAACGAAUCCUUUGUUGGAUUUUUUUUUCUUUUUUCAAAAUUUCGGUGUUGAUGGUGUGGAUUUUUAUUUGGGUGUAUCAGAUUUGUUAUAGAGUGAUCGUCAUGAAUAUUAAAGUUUUAUUCUCGUCUGUUGUCUAUACAUUCAAUUCGAGCGUUAUUUGUUAAAUUCUGUUGUUCUAGUAUCAUGUAUGCAUAUAUUUCACAUCCUAUUUGAAGUAUAACGAGGCAUAUCUUAUGGUCGAAUGUUCGUACAUUUACGCUUCAGUAACCAAUUGUUACUUUAUUAAUUGGUAGCAUUUUGUCACUCCUUAACCAUCUCUCUUGUAAAAAUUCUCACGUCUAUCUCAUUGUCUUAUUCUCAUUUACUAUGGUCUAUGGAAUGUAAAGUAAGAGCUUGAAAAUUCUUAACAUUGUCAAAGCAGCGUAAAAAAAGAAGGAAGGGAAUUAACGGAUUAAACAAAAGCCGCACAGCAUCUUUUCAUGCAAGUAAAUCCAAAGAACGUAAUUAAUGAUUACACUUCGUACCGUUUUGUUCUAUGCACAAGAACAAUUUUUGUAUCCGACCCAUAAAACGGACUAGAUCAACGGGCAUAGGCAUUCCCGCCGGAGAAGAAAGAAAUCCUAGCGGCUCCUUUCAAAUUCAAGCUCAUCCUCUCGCGGAUUUAAGAUAGAGUAGAGUAUUGGGCCACAUUUUAAAAGAAGUAAGUAGGAUUGGGCUGUAAUCAAUCGAACACUGAAAUGAAUAUCUAAAAUCGAAAAAUCUACAAGAGACGUGGCCCGGGGGUGCCCCCCUAGAUCCGCCGUUGAUCCUCCCUCGUUUAACCUGUAAAAAAGUAUGCCUUGAUCGAAAGAUUUUGUAUUCGAAUAUCGAAAAUGUUUUAUUUCCAUAAUUGAUUUAGCCACAAUGUAUAACAAGUACUAUGAAAACUGAAAAUUCUAACGUCACGUUCAUCAAUAAAAGAGACAUGUAAAAGAAUAGUAAAAGAAAUCGUAUAAGCUCCCUUAUGCAAUAUUAAACUAAUCAGUUCUUG